AUGGCUGAUGAUAUAUAUGUUGUUGAAAAAAUUCUUAAUAAAAGAAUACUUGAAAAUGGUGAAAUAGAAUAUUUUUUAAAAUGGUUUGGUUAUAGUGAAGAUGAAGCAACAUGGGAACCAGAAGAAAAUGUUUUUUGUAAAGAUUUAAUACGAUUAUAUGAAAAAAGUGUAAAUAUUAAUGAGAAUAUAGAUGAUGAAUGUAAAUUGAUUAUUUCUCAAAUUCUCGGUGAAAUUGAAAAUCUUUUUGAAACAGUCUCUUCGAACAAUGUAAGUAUGGAUGAUCUAUCAAUCAAUUAUUGUUUAUCAUCCACAAAUAUAUCUACUACAACAAUGGAUGAAUAUCCAAAUACUACUGAUAAAUCAUUACUGUCCGAUAUUCAUAAUGAAAAAGAAAAUGGUAUAUCUACAAAUAAUGAUAUGGAAAAUGAAGAAUUACAAUUAAAAAAUAAGAAUUUAGAAUCAUCAUCUAAUAUAAAACGCCGUCGAAAACGAACAAAAACUACAUCAUUUACACGUAGAAAAAAAUCUCGAUCUGAUUCUAUUCAUAAUAAAUCAACUAUGGUUGAUGAAAAUGCUAAUGAUAUUCAAAGACAAGAACGAAUAGAAAUACCAAAUCAUACAAUAGAUUAUCUUUCACUGGAACCUGAACGUAUUGUUUCAAUAACACGUUCACGUUUACCAACUGAACAACUUGAAUUUCUUUUAAAAUGUAAAACAUGUCCAACAAAAUUAUAUUUUAUUUCAAAUGAAAAAGCAAAAGAACUUGUACCGGAUUUAUUAAUUGAAUUUUAUGAACGACAUAUUAAUUGGUUUAUAGAUAAACCAUCAUCAUCAUCAUCAUCAUCAUUAUCAUCAUCGAGGCAAAAAAAAUCUAGACAAGAUAGUUAUUCGACUAAUCGAAGCAAUACAAAUAGAAAAAAAUCUUGA